AUGCGGGCCCCUCUUCUUCCCCUGCUGCGGACACGCUCGUCUCUGGGCUCUGCGGCCGUUGGCGCCGCCAACACCCGAGUGUCUGCUUAUGCUCUCGCCGUCGGCCACCGACAAAGACGGUCAUGCAUCGCCAGCUUGCUCUCAGCUGUGCCAGACAGCAACCGCUCCUUCUCGCUGAGCCAGCCAUGCCGAGUUGAUGACGGCCUGCAAGCGCCUCUGCCUUCGUCUUCGUCGCUGCUUCCCACUUCGGUUGCCGGAUUUCUCGUCUGGAAGCCCGCUGACCCCGUUGCCGACGUCGCCGUUAACGGCUUCGUUCGCUCGGUACGGUCCAUGAAGUCAAACACCUUUGUCACCCUCGGCGACGGGUCUUCUCUGGCCCCUUUGCAGGCCGUAGUUCCUGCUGACUUGGCUGAUGGUCUUGCCAAUGGAGCUGCAGUUUGUCUCAAGGGCUCAUGGGUGCCCUCACCCGGUGUCGGCCAGAGCCACGAGCUGCACGUCCGGUCUGUCGACAUCUUGGGACCGUCCGACGCCAAGAAGUACCAGACGCCCGAGUUUCUCCGCACACUGCCACAUCUACGUCCCCGCGUGCCGUUUAACUCGACCCUGCUGCGGCUGCGCUCCAACGUCAUCUCAUCUCUGGACCGGUUCUUCACCAGCCGCGAUUUUGUGCAGACGCACCCGCCGCUGAUCACCUCGUCGGACUGCGAGGGCGCCGGCGAAGUCUUCACCGUGUCAGCCGCGUCGUCUGCUAGUAGCAGCAGCAGCAGCAGCAGCAACAGCCCGUCCAAGAGCGGUGAUGCGCACUUCUUCCGCAGCCCAAAGUACCUGACCGUGUCGACCCAGCUGCACCUAGAGGCGCUAGCACAGGCCGUCGGCAGCGUGUGGACGCUCUCGCCGACCUUCCGCGCCGAAGAGAGCGACACGCCGCGUCACCUGAGCGAGUUUUACAUGCUGGAGGCCGAGGUCUGUUUUGUCGACCGGCUCGACGGCGUCAUGGAUCUGGUCGAGGACAUGCUGCGUGCCGUCGCCGCUGACGUUCAGGGCAACCGUGUGGCGGACGAACUGCUGGCCCGUCCAGGUGGCAGCAGCACCGACGACCUGGCUCAUCGCUGGCAGGGCCUCGUGCAGCAGGAUCGCUGGCCGCGCAUCACCUAUGCCGAGGCCCUUCGCAUCCUGGCCGCUGCGCCUGGGCGCUUUGACUUUGCACCCACAUGGGCCACAGGCCUGCAGACUGAGCACGAAAAGUAUCUCGCCUACGCUGUCGGCGGCGGCCAAACCCCCGUCUUCGUCACCCACUACCCGCGUGACAUCAAGGCCUUCUACAUGCUGCCGAGCAGGGACAAUGCCGGCGAGCCGGGGGAACUCCCGGCUGUCUCGGACGGCCAGCAGCCCGUCUCUGCCGCCACCGUGGAUUGUUUUGAUCUGCUGGUGCCCGAGUUCUGUGAAAUUGCCGGCGGCUCUAUGCGCGAACACCGCCUGCCCGAGCUGGUCGCGGCCAUGCGCUCGCGCGGGAUGCAAGUCGCCGAGGACGGUGCACCUUCUGGCCAAGAUGGAAGCAGCAGCAGCGACCUAGACUGGUACGUUGAUCUGCGUCGCUGGGGCUGUCCUCCCCAUGGCGGGUUCGGCGUCGGCUUUGACCGUCUGCUCUGCUACCUGUCGGGCGUACAGACAAUCCGUGACACGGUCGCAUUUCCCCGAUGGUUUGGUCGGUGCGACUGCUAA